AUGAAUGUACACUUCAAGCACCUAUCGCUUAGUGCCGAUGAAAUACUUAAAGGCAUCAGCGGCGUCUUUAAGCCUGAAGGGAUCACACUAUUGCUCGGCCAGCCUGGCUCAGGUAAAUCGGCACUUUCGAAAGUGUUAAGUGGCCUGUUUCCUAUCGCGAAAAAUAUCACGAUGGGAGACGUAACAUUUAACAACUUCGCCCACAAAUUCGGUGGAGGGAUUCUUAUGCGUCGCGGUAAAGAACUUCUCUCUAAGGGCUCGGACAAAGAGAACUUCGAAGCUCUGGAGGCCACAAAGGCUUACUUCAAGCACUACCCGGAGAUUGUGAUUCAACGACUAGGACUGCAGAGCUGCCAGGCCACUGUCAUUGGAGACGCUAUGUUGCGUGGUGUUUCUGGAGACGAACGAAAACGAGUGACGACUGGGAAGAUGGAUGUUGCGAACACGCUCCGCAAGAACGUGGUCAUCGCGCUGCUGCAGCCUUCUCCCGAAGUUAUUUCUCUGUUCGACGACGUCAUGAUCUUGAACGAGAAUGAUCUCAUGUACCACAUUCCUUGUAACCAGGUGCAGGAGUACUUCGCAAGUCUUGGCUUUUCGUGUCCGCCAGAGCGCAACAUCGCCGACUAUCUGCUGGAUCUAGGGACGGCGGAACAGCGCCAUUACGAAGCACUUAACUUUGCAACCAAGCGGCCACGCCGUGCUAGUGAGUUCGCUGAUAUCUUCAAGUGCUCGAACAUCCACCAGGAAAUGCUCAGUGUACUGGAAGCCCCUCACGCUCCAGAGCUACUGCGAGCACGGUGA